AGCGCGUGGGCACGCUGUGUCAAGACGACCCCCGCUACACUCUGGCGCACAACGACAUGGUCGGCCUGCUUGACACCUUCUCCGUGGAAGUGGUGGAGAUGCAGACGUUCGCCGGCAAGAUCACCGACCAGCUGCAGAAGCUGAAGAGCAAGGACGUCCGAAUAGUGUUGGGCAGCUUCGACGCCAGCUGGGCGCGCCGGAUAUUCUGUGAGGCGCGCCGCGAGGGCAUGUUUGGUCGCCGCUACCAGUGGGUGCUGGUGGGCCUGUACGGCGAGAGCUGGUGGCUCGAGGACCAGUUCGCCGGCCCGGAGGCCGCCGAGCCCUGCACCGUGGCCGAGGUGCUGCAUGCCCUGCCGGGCGCUGUGUUUGCCGACGUGCUUCACCUCAGCAACAACCAGCGCAAGACCGUCUCCGGCAUGACGGCCAGCCAGUACUACGAGCAGUACAACCAUGUGCGUGGGAACGCCUACUCACGUUUCCAUGGCUACGCCUACGACGGCAUCUGGGCCAUAGCCUCCACCCUGCACCAGAGUGCUUGA